CCAUGAAAUUAUAGAAAUAUAAAUCAAUUAUUCACGAUGGAUAAUCCUUCAAAUGAGGAAAGCAGCAUCCCUUCUCAGAAUUCUCAUAGUAAUGUUGAAAGCGGAAUUCAGCCAGAUGGAACCAUAGAGCAGCAUCAUGAUUACUAUAAUGACAAUUGAGAGGCCAAAGGGCCCAAUACAUUUAAUCCACUAUUUCACACUGAUAUGAAUCAGAGGUCUCAAAUCUUCUCAAAUGAGCUUAGGGUCAACCAUCUUAACACUAAGAUGAUUCGAAGGAACAGCAGGCUGAUUAAGAAACAUUCGAGUACCAUCGGCUCCAUUCUUGAUCCUGCAAAGAGUGGCAUUACUAUCAGACAAGUCAUAAGAGUCCUGAAAUAAGGAGAAAAAGGAGAACAGUGAUGCUGAAAUUCUUUAUCACUACUUUAAAGGUAAAUCUAGCCUUGAAGAUCAUGAUGCUGAUUCAUAAAUUUAG